GUCACGACAAUAAAUCGACGAGCCCCUCGGCGCGAUGACUUUGACGUGAGCUACUUGGCGCACAUCCGUUUUGGCGCGAGCGCUCCUGCUGAAGAAGAUGAAGAAGAAACGUGAAUAGUUUUUCCUCCGCCAUUUUAGUUUAGUUUGAAUAAAGCAUUUGAAUCGAACACACGCGGAUUUUAUUUGAAACACCAAACCCAAUUGAAUUCCAAUCCCAACUGAGCUAAUUCUCGAACAUUUGGUCCAUUCAAACCGGAUGUAUAUCCUUUGAUGGUUUUCUGUUGGUUUCUGGUGUUAUCCUGUGAAAUAAAAACAGAUUGGAACAAUCGAAGAAAAAGUGUCGGAUCGUGUCAAUCACGUUAUCCGAAAAAGUGGUUCUGUGCCAAUGAGUGACGGCGAGACACCGAAAGUGAGUCGAAGCAAAAAUCCGAAGAGCUUGAUCGAUAACUUGUCGGAAGUGCAAGCGAAUUCCGAUUCCAUUGAAGUGCAAAAGUUGACGAAAGCUAAGGCACAGGAGAAGAAGGCGAUGGCGAAACGGCUGGAGAAGGCGAUUGACCGACGAGAUUUGUCUAAGGACAAGUUGUUGCGGAUUAGAGAAGGCAUAAAGGAACCGGGAAAGAGUAUACACUGGCUUAACCUGCAGCUGGAAAAUCUUCGACGCUGCUACGAGGAACUGGAAAAGUCAUUCUUGGAGAUUUGUGAUGUUGUACCUCGAGACCAGCGAGAAGAAUUCAAGGUUGACAAUAUCCAAUCAGAAGAAAUAUACGACCAGCUGUAUGUGAGCAUCCAGUCGCAGAUAGCAGAAUGGAAAGCGAAAGAGGAAAGCAGCAAGUUGAAUGCAAUGGCACCCGCGUUCAAUCCGCCCCACCAACCGGCGGUAGUUAACUCGAUGCCCCACCUGCAUGUCCCAUUACCAACGUUCGAUGGCAAUCUGGAAAAUUGGUACUCCUUUAAGUGCAUGUUCCAGACCAUCAUGAGCAGGUAUCCGAACGAGUCUCCGGCUAUCAAGCUGUACCAUCUGAAGAACGCUUUAGUCGGAAAUGCUGCUGGUAAGAUUGAUCAAGACAUCAUCAAUAAUAACGACUAUUCGGCUGCUUGGAAAAUGCUUCAGGAUGAGUACGAGGACGAACGACUCAUAAUCGAUACGCACAUCGACGCCUUGUUGAGCCUACCUAAAAUGACGACAGAAAGUGGUGACGAAUUGCGAAAGCUUAUCGACACCUGUACCAAACAUGUGGAUGCACUCAAGAAUCGCGAGUUACCCGUGGAGGGAUUAGCUGAAAUGAUCCUAGUGAAUGUAAUCGCAAAGCGGUUGGACAAGGAUACGCGGAAGCUGUGGGAGUCCCAGCUGUCCCAAGAAGAACUGCCGUCGUACAUCGAGAUGAUCGACUACCUACGAGAACGUAUUCGUAUUUUGCAGAAGAUGACUGGAUAUGCUGUACAGCGAGCAGUAAGUACCACGAAACAAAGAAGCAAACCAGAACAGAAGAUGAUGCAAGCGAGGAACUUUGUGCAGACAAAGGAACUGUGUCACUGCUGUAAUGGUGACCAUCUCAUCUACAAAUGCGGUCAAUUCAAGGAGCUGAGCAUUAGUAAUCGAUACGCCAAGGUGAAGCAAGCCGGUCUAUGCUUCAAUUGCUUGCGUCGUGGCCAUCGUACUGUCGACUGCAAUUCGGAUAAGUCGUGUAAGAGUUGCAAGCGUAAGCAUCAUAGUCUUCUUCAUGAAGAAAAGCCAAGCACCACUAAGAAGCCCGAUAGUGAUCAAGUUGUGGCACCUGAAGAACACCAAGAAGUCGCUGUGCAAGCUGGAUCUGUGAAUUAUGCAACGUCGCUGAUGGUAAAGCAACAGGUUCUCCUCUCCACUGCAGAAGUGAUUGUAUCUGGAUCUGGAAACAAGACGGUCCCGUGCCGUGCGCUUUUGGACUCGGGGUCAGAUUCGAAUUUGAUCUCCGAAACGCUAGCCAGACAAUUGAACCUGGUAAUGGACAACAUCAACCUACCGAUCAGCGGACUCAAUAACGCUGAAACCCGAGUUAAGUAUAAACUACGUACGAAGAUCAGUUCUCGCGUUAAUUCAUUUAACGCCAUUCUAGAAUUCCUGGUGGUUCCCAAAAUAACUACCAAUCUUCCGAUGAUGAAAGUGGACAUCCGUUCAUGGUGCAUUCCUCCUAACGCAGCACUUGCGGAUCCGUCGUUCCACGAACCUCAGGAGAUCCAGAUGAUCAUCGGUGCAGAAUUGUUUUUUGCCCUCGUGAAAAAUGGACGCGUGAAGCUUGGAGAUGGAAAUCCUAUGUUGGUGGAGACCGAUCUGGGUUGGAUCGUCAGCGGUCCGGUGAAAACGCAUUCGCCUCGACAUCCAAGAGCUAAUUGUCAGCUGAAUAUUUGCGAAGAGCAGAUUAAUCAUACACUCGUGAAGUUCUGGGAAUUAGAAUCCGUUCAAGAAGCAUCGCCACUGACAUCGAAAGAACAGGCCAUCGAGAAGCACUUUGAGCAAACGCAUUUUCGUGACGACACCGGUCGAUACACUGUCAGGUUACCAUUCAACAAAAACAAGGGUCAACUUGGCGACUCCUUAGAAACAGCUCGAAGUCGAUUUAAUCGGCUACUACGAUCAUUCACCAACGAAACGAAACACGCUCGUUAUACCGAAUUCAUGACUGAAUAUCAGACGCUGGGACACAUGGUGGAAGUUUUCGACGAACCAGACCAUUGCUAUUUUCUACCCCACCAUGCUGUAUACAAAGAAUCAAGUACUACUACAAAAAUACGUGUAGUAUUUGAUGCAUCAGCGAAAACAUCUUCUGGUGUUUCCUUAAACGACGUUUUGGGAGUAGGUCCAACGGUCCUGAUCACUAUCCUACUGCGAUUCUGCUGCUAUCCAGUUGUGCUAACAGCAGAUAUUCCAAAGAUGUACCGCCAGGUGCAAAUUCACGAAGACGAUCGGAAGUACCAACGAAUCCUUUGGCUGAAUUCGAAGAACGAAAUUGGAGUUUUUGAAUUAGCAACUGUAACGUACGGUUGUGCUAGCGCUCCCUUUCUGGCGACACGUGCUCUGAUGCAGUUGGCGAAAGAUGAAGCAUUAGAAUUACCAGUUGGAGCAAGGGUCAUCGAAGAAAACAGCUACAUUGACGAUUUCCUCACCGGAGGAAAUACAAACGACGAAGUCAUCGAAAUUUAUAAACAGCUAGCGGAGAUUCUUCGACGUGGUGGAUUUGGCGUCCACAAAUUCUGCUCCAACAGUGAGAUCGUUCGGAACCACAUUCCGAUUGAACUGCAAGAAACGCAAGCCAAUUUUGAAGAUGCUGAUAUUAACAACGCUGGGUCUCAUCUGGAAUCAACACGAUUACUUCCGAUUCAAUGUGGCUCCUCUCGACGGGCAGGUGCCUACAAAAACGAGUGUUCUUUCGGCAAUUGGUCGUCUUUUCGACCCAUGCGGCUAUCUUGGUCCGGUAAUAACGACGGCGAAGAUGUUGAUGCAGGAUUUAUGGCGACUGAAAUUAGAAUGGGAUGA